GAUAAUCAGGAUGUACUGUAGCACCAGUUUUCUUUAUAGUUUCCGAUCAAUAUGUUGUACAGUUACUGGAGUAAAAUUAGGUACGUGCGUUUGUUUGUAAAAUGUGCGCGGCAUUGACACGUUUUCGCUAAAAGAUUACUUAGCGGAAUUCAAACUAAAAUGACAUCAAUUUUGAGACCGUCGACAUGGAAAAGUAUGAUAAGAUCACUGCUACCGAUGAAUCAUUUAAUGACAGUACCAAGUUCCGAAAUCCACACAUCGAAAUAUUGUUUCCAUGGCGAAUACGAAAUGCAGGAUCCAAAGUCGGAAGCUGAUAUAGUAAAUGUAACUUUUAUUGAUAAAACUGGAAAGAAGAUAUCUGUGAAAGGGAAAGUCGGAGACAAUGUACUGUAUUUAGCACAUAGACAUGGUAUUGAAAUGGAAGGUGCUUGUGAAGCUUCACUUGCAUGUACCACUUGUCACGUAUAUGUAAACUUUAAUUAUACGGACAAGCUCCCGACUGCUGAAGAAAAGGAAGAAGAUUUAUUAGACCUAGCACCUUUUUUAAAGGAGAAUUCCAGAUUAGGUUGUCAAAUUAUUUUAACGAAAGAGUUAGACGGCAUUGAAUUGGAACUUCCGAAAGCGACAAGAAACUUUUAUGUGGACGGUCACACACCAGCUCCACAUUAAUAUUUUCUAUUCUAUUCAAAUGAAUUAUGUAUAUAUUUUAUUUAGACAGUUGGCACAAUGUAAACUUUAUUUUAUUACAUGUAAUAUAAAUUAAACAGUUUUUCAUAGUGACGAGCAUUCAGUGAUUUAAAAACAGGAGGCAUUAUUUCUUUUUGCAGAAUACACUUUAAUGUAUU